CCGUUUGGGCAAGUUCCCCUUCCGCUUCCUCCUGCCUCCCGGCUCUCUGCUGCCGCUCAGCCUGGGCACCUCACUAGGUUCUCCGCACCCCUGGUGCCCUGCCCGCAGAAACACUCCACGCCCCGAGCUGUCACCACUGCCACCUGCCAGGCCCCGGACACGAUGCAGGCCAUCAAGUGUGUGGUGGUCGGAGAUGGAGCUGUGGGAAAGACCUGCCUGCUCAUCAGCUACACCACCAACGCCUUCCCAGGAGAGUACAUCCCCACCGUGUUUGACAACUAUUCAGCCAACGUGAUGGUGGACAGCAAGCCGGUGAACCUGGGGCUGUGGGACACUGCAGGCCAGGAGGACUACGACCGCCUCCGGCCACUCUCCUACCCGCAGACGGAUGUCUUCCUCAUCUGCUUCUCUCUCGUCAGCCCAGCUUCCUAUGAGAACGUCCGUGCCAAGUGGUUCCCCGAGGUGCGGCACCACUGCCCCAGCACACCCAUCAUCCUGGUGGGCACCAAGCUAGACCUGCGGGACGACAAGGACACCAUCGAGAAGCUGAAGGAGAAGAAGCUGGCACCUAUUACCUACCCACAGGGCCUGGCACUGGCCAAGGAGAUUGACUCGGUGAAAUACCUGGAGUGCUCUGCCCUCACCCAGCGAGGCCUCAAGACCGUCUUCGAUGAGGCGAUCCGGGCCGUCCUGUGCCCCCAGCCCACGCGGCCGCAGAAGCGCCCCUGCAGCCUCCUCUAGCGGUUGCACCCAGUUCUCCCAGCCAGAUGGCUUUGACCCUCCUAAAGCCCGAUGGCUCCCCGGCUGGCCAUGCUGUCCUCUCCCUGUGGUGUUUCUUAGCAGACGGCUGUAGAGCUUGGUCGAUCAUCUUCUCUGUGCUGGAGGCCCCCUUGGGCCCGAAGGUGUGAAUCUGUAGGUGCUGCAUCCUGAUCCCCUCAUGCUCCUGCCUUCCAAGGGGCCAGAGGGGAGCCCCGGAACCCGAUAAGCCGCCCCUGCGUUACUGCGGUCAGUGCCAGCUGCCACCUGCAGUAGCACCUACCCAUGUCCUCCAGUCCCACUGGAUGUCUGAAUCCCCUCUAGAAACUUUGGGCCAGAUGGUUGCCGGCCACCACUUGCGUACCCUCAGAAACAGGUCUCUCACUCCCUCCCGAGGCAAUCUACUCCAAUACUGAUGAUUCUAGCUUGUCUGAAAGUUCUCCUCCUGCUGAGCUAAAAUGAGGGUCUUGGAAGUUUGUCCCUCUGGUCUUAGUUCUCCUUUUAGGACGACAUAAAACAAACCAGAUUUUGUAAAUCUCUGUGGGCAUCUGCCCAGCCGAUUAAAAGCCUGGGUCUGGCGGAUUCCUGCCACCUCCCAGGUCUUUCUUCUACACUCACAUGAUCCCGAGCUGCAUUUACUGUGAGAGUCUUAAACUUUCAGACCCUGCCAGUCAAGACUUUUGCUGUCGCACAUAGAAAACCCGAUUCAACCUGCUUAAGCAGAAAAUAAAUUUAUUGAUUCAA